GUCACUAGAUUCAUUUCAUCAGAAACUGGACACUGAAGCAGCAGCUCAUCGAUAUGACGAGAGCAAAAAUAUUGAGGAUAGGAUACUCUAUCAGUCAGUACAUAAACUGAGAAUUAUUUCUAAUGUUUUAUCUGGAAUCACACUAUAAAAGUGCUAAAUGGACAAUCCUCUGACAGGAACAUUGUAGACGAGACGAUGAAGGCUCCAAGCUGCAUGCACUUGUCAACGUGUGAAGAUCAUCAACAAAUAAUCAUGUAAAAAUUUGUCAUAAAUAGGUGACCUGCUUUAUGCCUGUCAGAGCGUCAGAUUACGGAUGACUAUGAAGGGAUCUGUGAAUGAACCACGCUUUUCCGUCGAGCUGCUGGAAGGAAGCGCAGCUCUCCGAGAUGUGAUCGAUAAACACAUCCGUGAUCAAACUCUUGCACUGAAGAGUGCUUUUUUUGUGGCUGACCUGGGGGUGAUUGUGCGGCAGCACGUUCGCUGGAGAACUAAAAUGGACCAGAUUCGGCCUUUUUACACGGUCAGGAGCAACAGCAGCCCUGUGGUCAUUGAAAUCCUGGCGGCUCUCGGCACAGGCUUUGUUUGUUCAAACAAGCAUGAGCUGGACUUAGUGAAGGGCUUCGGUGUCCCGUCUCAGGACAUCGUUCUCGGAGGCUCGUGUAAACAGCUGUCUCUUAUCAAACACGCAGCCAAACACAACGUCUCCGUCCUGGUGUGUGAUAACGAAGCAGAGCUGAGGAAGAUUGCACGAUGUCAUCCCAAAGCAAAAGUGUUGCUGCUGUUGACCUCGGAGAGCUGUUGCGAGCGCGAGGAGACGCUCAUGCCGUUCGGCUCCACGCUGAAGGACUGCAGACAUCUGCUGGAGAGAGCCAGAGAGCUCGGUCUGCACGUUACAGGAGUCAAAUUCAGCGUUCCCAGUUGUUGUCAGGAUGCACAAGCGUUCUCUCGUGCGGUUUGUGACGCCCGCUGUGUUUUCGAUAUGGGGGAGGAGCUUGGCUUUGAGAUGAGUAUUCUGGACGUCGGAAGCGGAUUUGACGGAAGUGAGGCGCAGUUAGACGAGGUCGAACAGAUGCUGAAGCCCAUGCUGGACGUGUCUUUUCCUCUCUCGACCGGCUUGUCUAUCAUCGCUGAACCCGGGGUUUAUUAUGUGUCGUCUGCCUUCACGCUGGCCGUGAAUAUAAUCGCUAAGAAGAGCGUGGCUCGUGAUUUCAGUGGUCAAGCACACAACGCACUGUCUGCGAACGACGAGCCUGAGUUUCUCUACUACAUGAACGAUGGGGUUUAUGGGAGUUUUGGCAGUAAGCUGCUGUGUGAAGAUUCGAUAUCGAUGCCUUCGGCACACAAGGAGGUGAGCGCAGAAGAGCCGCUGUUCUCCAGCAGUCUGUGGGGUCCGUCUGCUGAUGAUCUGGAUCACGUGCUGGAGCAAUGUCUGCUUCCGGAGCUCCGUGUCGGAGACUGGCUGCUCUUUAAGAACACAGGGGCCACAUUCACUAACGGAGAGGAACACAAACCACCCGUCUUCUACAGCAUCACCGAAUCUGACUGGCUACAGGUUCAUAACUGCGGCCUCACUUUGGACGUGAGGAUGAAGAACCUCUCUCUGGUACUGUGCUGCUCGCAACCAAAACUAUCCCAGGCGUCUGUUUCCACCCCGGCGUGACAUAAAGCCACUUAUUAAUAUCAUGAUCUCGACUAAGCACUUAAGAACCUGGGCUCUUCUGAUGAAGCUUCAGCUGCUUUGAAGAAGUUUGGAAAGAAGUGUUAUUGACCAUGGGUGCCAUCAGCUUUAACAGAUCUUUACACAUAUGCAUCUAAUUAUAUUGAAGUCAGUUUUAUUAAUAUAUACACACAUAAUAUUUCCUCUUACUAAAGGAAUCAGUCAUGUACCAAGUUAUUUAUUAAACCUCCAGUCUAGUUUCAUGAGAUGCUUUUAAAGAAACAUGCACUUGUUUUUUGUAGUUUGUGUUAUGAACUGGAAAAUUGUGAUCUUCGUCCAGUUUGAACUGUUAAAGGAAUAGUUCAGCGAAACACUGUGACAAAAUACAACGGAAACUUUAUAAACUGUUGAAAUCUUAUGCCCAGGAUGCACGUUAAAGGGAAGGUUCAUCGAAAAAAACGCUGAAUCUGCUGCUAAUGGACCUGACCUCAGGUCAUCCGAGUUAUAAAAGAGUUUGAUUCUUCGUCAGAUUUGGAGAAAUUGCAUCACUUGGUCACUAGUGAAUGGGUGCCGUCAGAAUGAGAGCUGAUUAAAACAUCCCAAUAAUCCCCAAGCACUCCAGCUAACAUCUGGAGAAGACAAAAACUGAAACAAAUCCAGCGUUAAAAUGAUUUAAUCUGUGCAUAUUUCUCUCCUGAUUCAGGCGAGAAAACAUUUCUGCUGGAGGAAGCGUUAUUAAGUCUAGAGUACUUGUAAUAAUGACCAGAAAUUAAGUUAAAAAUGUCUUUGAUUUUGUGAUUAUUGCGAUGUUAUUUUCAACUCUCAUUCUGACGGCACCCAUUCACUGCAGAGCAUCCAUUGCUGAGACACUGAUGCAAAGCUUUCAACCUAAUCUUUUAACACAAGUGUGCAAAUGUGCAGUAAGUGCAAAGAUCUGAUCCAGUUGUAAAUACUUGCAUUGCAUUGCAUUGGUUUCUGCAUUUAAAUGAAAGAGGACAAGUGCGGUUGCAUUUCAUAAUGCAGUAAUGCACAAAAUUAGGAAGUGUCUGCCCAAGUGUCUGAGAAUGUGUUGAAGACGGCUGGAGCAAGUGCUGCUGGUUGAAGUGAGAGGAAGCUCUUCUGUUGCUCUUUACCUGUGAGAUCCAGGGAAGUGAAAGCAAUACACUGUGCAACAAAGAACAGGAAUUGGACAAAAUAAAUGUUUGUUCAGUUUCAGAGCGGUUACCUUUUCUUUACAAAGGUUUGCUGUCAAUAAAAUGUUAUUAAUGGC